UUGACUGUGUGGAGGACCGAGCAGCAUGUCCGACGUGAUAAACGAGACGGCGGUUCCGGAUAAUAACUCCUGGGGUAAAAACAAUACGGAGAUCAACCAGUUCUACUUCUACGAGGUUGAGCAGUUCACGGUACUAUGGCUGUUGUUCAUAGUAAUAGUGGCAGGCAACAUAGGCGUCCUAUACACACUGAUGUUUGGCAGGUCGCGAAAAAGCAGGAUGAACUACUUCAUCACGCACCUAGCUUUUGCAGAUUUGUCCGUGGGACUAGUCAGCGUACUGACGGACAUCGUGUGGAGGAUCACAGUGAGCUGGAAUGCCGGUAACGUCGCCUGCAAAUUGGUGAAGUGCCUGCAGGUUAUCGUCACCUACGCAUCAACUUACGUCCUGGUGGCACUGAGCAUUGACCGAUACGACGCCAUCAGACACCCCAUGAAGUUUUCCGGUAGCUGGAGACGGGCCAAAUGCCUCAUAAUAGCCGCCUGGCUGUUCAGCGUCCUGUUUUCCAUACCGAUAUUAAUCCUGUACGAAGAGAAGGUCAUCCAGGGUCAGAACCAGUGCUGGCUCGAGUUCUCGGCCCAGUGGAAGUGGAAGCUGUACAUGACCCUAGUGUCGCUCACGCUCUUCGCCAUUCCAGCCGCCAUCAUCACCAGCUGCUACGCCAUCAUCAUCGCCACCAUAUGGACCAAGAGCUCCACCAGCUUCGCCAAGCCGAAGAAAGGCGCUACAGAAGGCCGUCUAGGUUCCGACAGUUCUAGGAGGGCCAGCUCGAGGGGGCUCAUCCCCAGGGCCAAAGUCAAGACAAUCAAGAUCACCUUCGUUAUAGUCAGUGUGUUCAUAAUAUGCUGGAGUCCCUACAUCCUCUUCGACCUCCUGCAAGUGUACGGCCACAUCCCCAACACCCAGACCAACAUCGCCAUCGCGACGUUCGUGCAGAGCCUGGCGCCCCUCAAUUCGGCCGCCAACCCCAUAAUCUACUGCAUAUUUUCCACGCACUUUUGUCGGACUUUAUGGCUGCUGACGCCGUUCAAGUGGUUGUGCAAGAAGAAGAAACGGAAAACGACGGAAUCUUCUACCAACACGCAGAGUAGCAGUUUAUCGGAGUUCCUGACGAACACCCACAAAAAGAAAUCCGAUGCCUCGGCUUCUAACUCUCACACAGUAUUAAUCCAUGCCAAAAAUUAAGUAUUAGGUGUAUUUGUAUGUUACGUUAAGAUAAGUGUAAUAAAA